ACAUCAUAAACUGCAUAUAAUCCGUCUGAACAGUCUGUUGUGUAAAACAAUUUUUUCUACAUGAAAUCUAUCUUCCUCACAUUUCUCUUCUCUUCUCUUCAUUUACGCACACAUUACAUGGUUUCAUCAAUAGACCAGACGGCGCGCCAUACAACUGCGCACAUUUCAUACCUAGGCGGCAUGCCUUCGGGCGACUGGAAUGGCUUUGCGUCCAGAAAAUCGGGGAUUUCUCGACAUUGAUAUCUACUUCGGUUCAACUUGCCUUCGGCAGCUAGCAAAGGAAAAUAUACUAUUUGGGCUCAGACAAGAUUGUGUUGUGUGGCAUUUUGUACAGAAGUAGAAGAUGUCAUCUUGAUGAGCACUAUGUUUCCUGUGUCCUUCCUUUUUCAGAUGGUUGCUGCCUCCCUCCUGGAGAAAUACAAAAUUGAUCCAACUCAAAUUGGACACCUAAAAGUUGGUAGCAAGAGAGUGAUUGACAAGGACAAGUCCAUUGAGACCUUCUUGAUGCAAGUCUUUGAGGUUUAUGUGGAAGGACCAGCAUGGUCUGCUGGAGGGACAGCUGCAGUCACCAUGCUUAUUGGGCCAAAUGCUUCAUCCUCUUUGAGGUUGUUGAUGGUAUCUUGUGAAAAACUUGUUAUCUCGUGGCACUUGAUUUGUACUACAGGCAUUUCUGUGAGAAAAAUUGAAGGGCAGACCAUUUUCAAUUUCAGAUGCUGAUUAUUUUGUGUUCCAUUCUUCCUAUAAUAAGGUUUAAGUUAGAACCUAGAUUGUGAGACCAAAUUUCAUUAAGUUACUUCCUUGUGAACUCUUUCAAUGUUUUGAUCCGUUUGCUUUCAUUUGUGAACUAUCACUGAAGCUUGUGCAAAAGACUUUUGCCCAUUAUACUUCAAUGAUUUCUUGAAGAAUGCCAGGUUUGUCUUAAUUUGCUUCUCACAUAUCAUCUUCUGCAAUGGGUGUUUUGUUUCAUUUUCUAAUUCUAACACAUUCCACUUUAAUUUUAAAGAACAAUAUGACUACCUCUGUUUGAAGAGCUGGGGCCUUGUUUGAAGCAGUGCAAGUUAACAAAUGGUUCAACUGAGCUUAACUCAUGAAACUCCAGCUUUAGAGGUGUCAACUAUAGGAAGAGAAAAGAGCAACAUGACUAAAGUUUCCAAGGUUUUCUUAACUAUGUAUAUCAUUAAAUAAUAUGCCUUUAAUGUGUGAGCAAACAACAAUCUGUGGAUUUCUGUUUAUGUAUUUGAGUAAAAUAAAAUCAAAGCGUGCUA